GGCCGGCGCGGGCGGGCGCGGACAUGGCUGAGACCGUGGCGGACACCCGGCGCCUCCUCAGCAAGCCCCAGAACCUGAACGACGCCUACGGGCCGCCCAGCAACUUCCUCGAGAUCGACGUGGGCAACCCGCAGACCACGGGCGUGGGCCGCGCCCGCUUCACCACCUACGAGAUCAGGGUCAAGACUAAUCUUCCCAUCUUCAAAUUAAAAGAAUCUACUGUCAGAAGGAGGUACAGUGACUUUGAAUGGCUGAGAAAUGAGCUAGAAAGAGAAAGCAAAGUUGUGGUACCACCUUUACCUGGAAAAGCGCUUCUUCGUCAGCUUCCUUUUAGAGGAGAUGAUGGCAUUUUUGAUGAUUCUUUUAUAGAAGAAAGAAAACAAGGUCUUGAGCAAUUCAUAAACAAAGUUGCUGGCCAUCCUUUGGCUCAGAAUGAGCGCUGUCUUCACAUGUUUCUACAAGAUGAAGUAAUAGACAAAAACUACACACCAUCCAAAAUAAGACACACCUGAAUGCUGAAAACAACUCCAACUCCAAAAUGUUUAGUGGUUCUUACACUUGGUUUUAAGAGGUUAUAGUUUGUCUUAGCAUGCUGCAGAUAAACUGGCACAGUAAGCCUCCACUAACCUCAUCAGUACACUGCUUGGUCUUUGCAUUUAUUUUAUGGUAUUAAAGAGCUUGCCCAUUUGUAGUUAAAUCCCUCAAUCCCUAUGACUAGACUUUUAAAAUAUUAUGACGAUCCACUUUCACAAGUCUCUCCACUCUUACCUGCAAUGACCUAACAGUUUACUGACUUGGCCUUAUUUUGAAUUUGCACUGUUCUAGUAUCACACUCACUUUAGUCGGCUCUUAUUCACUAGAUUGUUUCUUUAACUGAUGUAGUCUGUGUAACUUGUGUAGAAAUGAGGCAGUCUGUUUUGGAUACCCCCAUGUAAGAAACACUUAUGCAACUGUGUCUUCAAGCUUGUAAAACACUUUAUACUGAAGUAAUGAGGGAAUUAUCUUUAUAUUCUGUAAAGAAGAAUCAGAUUUAUAUACUAAGUCAUUUGUCUAAAAUUUUGAAAUAAAAAUUAAAAUGCACUUCAGAACUUU